UACGGUUCUUUCAAUAAUCUAUUAUAUAUUAUGCUGAUGAAAGCAAUAUAAAUUCAGCAAUUUCUGUUAUUACAUGGGGAACAGGUACGAUCUCUUUUUUUUCUUUUCUUUUUUUAAAAAACUCCCGCUCCGCCCUGUAGUCUACCCCGUUAGCCACUCCACUCAUCCCAACCAACUAACCAAUCAGACGUGGCACAUGCCCUCAGUGGGAGAUAGCCAUUCAGGAAGAGAAGAAGAAGAAGUGGGUUCGUUGGAACAUAACACACCCUCUAGCACACAAACUUUCGUUGGUGGCAGGGAGUGUGUCAGGCAAGCGUUCCAAAGGAGAGGCAUCGGAGAAAAAGCGGCCGGAGUAAUGUUAAACUCGAUAUCAUCAAAUACAAUCAAGCAGUAUCAAUCGUCCUUGAAACGCUUGUGGGAGUUCAGGGCGAGUCAACAAAAUGAUGUAUACAAAGCUGAGACCAGGGAUAUAAUCGCCUUCUUAUCAAAAAGAUUCGAAGAAGGUGCCAACUAUGCUAGUUUGUGCGCAGACAGAUCUGCGAUCGCAUUAAUUCUUGGAAAAGAUUUCGGGAAAGAUUAUAUGAUUUCACGGUUUUUGAAGGGCGUAUAUAAGCAAAAACUACCGCGACCAAAAUAUGAUAGUACUUGGGAUACCGAACAAGCUUUGCAAUUUCUUAGAAAAGUCUCAAUGGAAAAAGCCUCCUUGAGAGAAAUGGGGGAGAAAGUUGCAACUCUAUUAAUUUUGUCGACAGCACAGAGACUCAAACCCUUGCGGUGAUUCGAAUAAAAAAUAUAGAAGUCGAAGGCGAAAAAAUAAAGAUAAAAAUCUCAGACUUUACGAAAACAUCAGGGCCGGGAAAAAUGCAACCCGAAUUAGUUCUUCCGUUUUUCAAAGAAGUCGGAGAAUUGUGUGUAGCAUCAGCUAUACUAACGUAUAUAAAAAGAACCGAAACUAUAAGACCGGAGGAUAAUGAGAUGUUGUUCAUUAGCUCAAUUAAACCUCAUAGGUGUCAGCGCAAACGUUAGGCCAUUGAGUGAAAGCUCUGUUAAAAAAAGCGGGAGUUGAUACCAAAAAAUUCUCCGCCUACAGCACAAAACACGCAGCUGUGAGUGCAGCGUUCAGAAAGGGUGUAGAUAUUGAUACUAUACGUAGAACAGCUGGUUGGUCUGAACGCUCAGAAGUGUUCGCUAGAUUUUAUAACAGGCCUAUUUCUAAGGAAAAAUUGUCAUUUGCGCAGGCUAUUCUUAUAUAAUAAUGUAUAUGAUAAAACAGGAAUAAACAAAACCAAUAGAGAGUUAUUAUCUCUCUGAAAGUCUACAUAUUAUCAUCGAGAACGAGACGCGUAGUAUAAUUGAACAACCAAACGAGCCCGCCGAAGGCGGGCGAAGUUCGAUCGUGAUUAUACGAAGCGUCUCGUUCGAAGAUGAUCCAUUCCCGCCCGUGUUUACCCAUAACACCCGAAGAAAAAAAAAAAAAGAAGAAAAGAAAAAAAAAUGAUAACUCUCUUCACAAAAAAAAAAGCUCUAAACUAAAUGAGGUUAAAAGAGACUGCAGUGAUGCUGUGGCCACACCGAAA